AUGGCUAAGUUAUUGAGGACAUCGUCAUCUAACGAUUAUCACAAUUUAAAAUGGCCUUUAAUCAUUUUCAGUAUAGCAACGACCGUUUUGGUAGGGCUAAUUUUCGCCGGUUAUCUAUCAAACGAAUGGUUUACAUAUGAACUUGUAAAUACGGACAAUCAAACAUAUGAACGAACACUGGAAUAUGGCAGUCUUGGAUUAUGGCAUUUAUGUACUGGACAUGUUUAUAUGCCUAUGAAUUGUGAUACAUGGACAAAAGCUACCCGACCGACUUAUUUCAAUAUUGUGCUGGUACUAUUUGCCUGCGCAUUAUUAGUAACAAACUUAACGUUGUUUCCGGCGUAUGCCGCAGCUAUAUUGAUUGCCUAUAAUUCUCAUAAUUACUAUGUUCGCUAUAUUGGCCUUUUCAUUUACAUCCUUAUAGUAUUGGCGUUUACAUUCACUGUAUUACUUGUUACCGCAACGAUAUUUGCUAGUGUAACGCAAUUUUAUUCCCCAGGAAGAUUUGUUGUCGAAACAAAAUAUUUAUUUUUUCAUCGAAGUACCGGUAUAUAUUUAGCCGAAGCGGCUACAAUAUUAUCUAUUACGCUUUUAAUAUUGAUCAUUAUAACCAUCAUAUGGCGAAAAUACAUCGAAAUGCAACGAUUAGAGGCUGAAAAAGCAUUGUUGAGACAAAUAUUCGAUGAGAACUAUCGACCAGGAUGGUAUAAAAUCAAAUCCGGGUCAGGAUUUACAGCACCGAUAGCAACGUCUGAGACACCGCCCCCGUAUGAGUCAUUGAAAAAACAAAAUAUCAGUAACAUCAAUAAUUGA